UCCCCUUCCUGGCGUCCGCAGCGCAGCGCAGCCUCCUGAUCUCCUCCGCUCCGCCCACCCACUCCUCCCCUUCCUCGGCAGAUCCCCCGUCCCCCGUCCCCAUGGGCCAGUUCCCCUCCGCGCCCCGCCGCAGCAAGCCUCCGCCUCCGUCCCCCGUCCUCCCUCCGCCGCCGCAGCUCCUUGCUUCCAUCGCCGAGAUAGGGGAGGCUGCGGAGGACCACACCGCUGACCUCCCAGAGGAGCUCCUGGCCCUGGUCUUCGGCCUUCUCGGCUCCGGCGACCGCAAGCGCUGCUCCCUCGUCUGCCGCCGCUGGCUCGCCGUCGAGGCCGCCUCCCGCCUCCGCCUCGCGCUCGACGCGCGGUCGCCGCUCCUCGACGCCGCCGCGCUGCCCCGCCUCCUCGCGCGCUUCCCCGCCGUAUCCAAGCUUGCGCUCAAGUGCGACCGCCGCGCCGACAGCGUGGGAGACCCGGCCCUCGCGCUCAUCGCCGACCGCCUCGGCCCGGGCCUGCGACGCCUCAAGCUACGCUCUCUCCGCGCCGUCACCGACGACGGCGUUGCCACGCUCGCCACCGCGGCCGCCAACCUCCGCAAGCUCUCCGUCGGGUCCUGCGCCUUCGGAGCCAAGGGAAUCGAGGCCGUCCUCCGGUCCUGCCUCCAACUCGAGGAGCUCUCCGUCAAGCGCCUCCGCGGCCUCGCUCACUCCGAGCCUAUCGCCGUCUCCGGCCCUCGCCUCCAGUUUCUGUCGCUCAAGGACCUCUACAACGGGCAGUGCUUCUCCUGUUUAAUCACCCAGUCUCCCAAUCUCAAAACCCUCAAGAUUAUCCAUUGCUCGGGCGACUGGGACCCCGUGCUUCUGGCCAUCCCGCGAGAGGCUUCGCUGGCCGAGCUUCACCUCGAGAAGCUUCAGGUCAGCGACCGUGGUGUAGCCCCCUUAUUUGGGCUCGAGGUAUUGUACCUUGCCAAGGCGCCGGAGGUCACAGAUAUUGGGUUAGCCGCCCUUGCCACCAAGUCGCCACGCCUCCGCAAGCUGCAUGUGGAUGGAUGGAAGGCCAACAGGAUUGGUGACCCUGGGCUCGCCGUAGUGGCACAGAAAUGUGCCAGCUUGCAGGAAUUGGUCCUUAUUGGUGUUAAUUUGACAUCAGCCAGUCUUAAAUUGAUUGCUGCCAACUGUCCCACCCUUGAGCGGCUUGCGCUGUGCGGGUCCGACACGUUUGGAGAUGCAGAGAUCUCAUGUGUUGCAGCCAAAUGUGUUGCUUUGCGUAAGCUGUGCAUCAAGGCAUGUCCUGUGUCUGACACGGGGAUGAAUAAGCUUGCCGAAGGCUGCCCACGCCUUGUCAAGGUUAAGGUGAAGAAGUGUCGUGGGGUGACAUCCGAGUGUGCUGAGCGGCUCCGGGCUAGCAGGAAUGGAGCCCUUGCUGUGAAUUUUGAUGUGCCAAGUGGUGCUGGUGAGUUUCAGGAUGCUCGGAGUGUGGACGAGAGUGGGGUGCUGGACAAUGCCGGGAGUGAUGUGCUGCCAGAGGAUUUGGACGAUCGGAUAGGAGGUCUGGACCUUUCAACCGGGAGCAGCGGCAGGCCGUCAAGAUGGAAAGCACGGAUGGGUGCUUUGAUGCUGAGGAGCUUGUCUGUUUCCAUGUUCCGGAGGCGUACGAUUAGAACCUGCUAUACGACUCAUGAGUCAUGAGAAUUGGGUGCCAUGGUUACUCCUUUAGCCUUUCGAUUCUUUUAUGUUUGUAUGUUAAAUUAAUUGGUGCUGUUGCUCGUUGUAUCAAUGUUUGUCUCACUGGAUGGUUCCAUGCUGUUCUCCCUAAUUUCUGUUAGGAAAUUUAGUUUAUAUUGCCAGGCAGUUCGGUUGAAGGAUACUUAAUAUUUGAUUUUCGUCCUAGUAGCAGGGAUUCAUGCAAUUGCAUGCUGUAAUCUUCUCAGAAAACAAUUGUUUGAACAGAAAAAUAUGAUGUGGAAACAAAGCCAUAUGGUCAGGCUCAAAAGUUCUGGUUUUGUUUGGAUAUUAGUAUCCAUGGCCUGCAAAUGUGAAAAUGUUUAUGUGCUUUAAAAUACAAGGACAACAAAGCUAUUAUGCCUAGAUAUCAACUGUACAUAUAUAGCAAAGAAGCUGAGAUCAAGAAAUUAUCUGGGUGAAUAACUGAAUAUACUUUGUGCGCUUGUUUUUUUUUUUUUGUGUGAAAGUAGAUACCUCUUUUCUAUCCGUUCACAUACUUGAGUAUGGAAAAACUAAGCCCAGAUUAAAGUUGCAUAAUCUUCUCUUUUUAUUCUUUAUUGAGUAUUGUAGCUUCUGUGGAGAGGAUGUGGUGCAUCCACUAUUGUUUGGGAUGUUAACAGAGUGGGACGGAAAUUAAGUCUUCAUGAUCUUUGUUCAUGCGAUGGUGACAUAUGAUAUGGAGAUGGAUUUCAGGAGGAUGUCUAUUUUUAGUAUUAUUAAAACAGUAGCAUUAAUUUUUU